UUUAUUUGUUUUAUUUAGCUGUUAACUGAUAAAGAAAAAAGUGUUAUUCCCUAAGUAAUGAUCGGGCAAAGUUUUUAUAAUAAUUUAUUAUUUAUACUUAUCGUUGAAACUUGAAGUAGCCACACCAACAUGAAUUAUAACGGAAAGAAUUACUUGAAGUGUAGAGAUAAAAAACUAUUUUAUUCUGAAUAUAUUGUGUCCGAUCCUUCACCUCCGGAGUCUAAAUUAGAACCUGUACAAAGAGAUAAUAAGAAUAGAAUGUGGAUAUUAAGGGAAACAUUAUACGAAGAUCCAGAUUUAAUUCAUUUUCAAGAUUCACCUGAAGACGACCCUCCUACUGCAGAGCCUCCAGACACUCAGCCUCAAACCUCACACCCACCUGGAUAUGACUGGACAAAACAGCAAUGGCAAAAAGCUAGUAAUUUCCAAGGCUCAGUUGAUAAAGUGACCUGCAAAGUACCAGAAGUCUGUACAGAUAAUAAAUUCCUGAAGACUGUAAUGGUUGGGUUAUCACAACCUGUUAAAUUAAACAAGGCUGAGAGCAUGAUGCAGAGAAUGGGCUGGCAGGGCGGAGCCCUAGGGAAAACUGGCAUCGGAAUUAUUGAACCCAUAGCCCCUAAUAUAACUUAUGCAACGAGAACUAUUGGCUUCGGACAAGACCUAUACAAAAAGCCAAGUCCUAUUAAAAAGGUUGUGAUCACGAAACGUCUGAAAAAUAAAGAGUUACUACAAAAAAGACCAAACUUCAAUCUAAACGUAUUACUACAUAUAUUUGCAUUCGUUAGAAAUGACUCGGAAAUCACGAUGGUCUUCGAUAAAAACCUCACGGAUGGUGAACGGAAGGUGGUUCACCAAUGGGUGAACAAUGUGAUUAAUGAUGGUGAUGAAGUCGACGGUGAAGUGAGUAGCCCUGAAGAAUUGGAGGUGGUGAAACUUAUACACGAUCAUAAUAAUUAUUUGUUGAGUACUAAAAGCGAGGGCCAGAAACCAUUUAGAGAAUUGACAAUAUUCAAAGAAGCACCAGCUCACAUAUAUCUUGUCAUACCAGAUGACUUGAAAGAUGAGCAUACAGCCACGGAUGUGACCGUCACAUCUGAAUCUUAUGACAUUGUCAUAGACGAUGAUGGUAACUCUACUGGUGGUGACGAAAUUGAUAAGGGUGUUAACCAAAGUGCAGAUAAUGGAGCGGAAAUGAAAUAUACAGAUUCUAAUACAGAUAAUAUGUGUAUAAAAGAAGGACAGAAAGCACCACAUGAUAUAUUAGUAGAAUAUUUUAUUGAAUUCUCAAAGGAGAGUGAAUAUACUGAAUUUAGAUUUUUAGGUUUAUACGAUUCUAUACAAUUAGAGGCAUUAAAUGAAUUUUGGAGGAACAUUUAUAUAUAUAUAGAUGGUGAUAUGAAUUCUGUAGACAAACAUUAUUUACCAGCAUUUAAAAAUGAAGAAAUAUAUUUCACAGUGGAUCAAGACUGCAAUGCUUAUAACGUAAUAUACAAGCAUCACAAAAGCAGUUCUCAAUGAUAAGCAUAAUUUAUUUAUACUUAUAUUUAUUUAUUAAAAACCUAUCAACCAAG